AUGAAACGAAGAAUCCUCUUGAUCGCUUUAGCUGAGCUUCUAACAGGCUUUCGAGCCCAGAACACAACAAGCUUGUCCUUAGACGACCUCUGGGACCAAUAUGUCGGCCCGGUGAGCACUUCUCCAGUCAACAGCACCGUCGAACCGGUUCCCGUGCCAUCAGAAUCGCUCACUCCACCGCCGCCAUUGUACUAUCCUCCACUUCCCUUUCCUGGCGGGGCCCAGGUUCCACUGUCGGUUCAAAAUGAAAGCUGGAAGUUCCCCCAGAGCUUCUGGCGCGGCGUCUCAGGGUCGUCGUUCCAGAUUGAAGAUAUCGCACGUAUCGCCGCACUCGGCAUCAACACCUAUGCGUUCUCGAUCUCCUGGCCGCGCAUUUUCCCCUUUGGCUCGGGAAAUGUCAACGAGGCGGGUCUUCAGCACUACGACGACGUAAUCGACACAUGUAUCCAGUACGGGAUCACUCCAGUCGUGACUCUCUAUCAUUGGGACCUCCCACUCAAUCUUCAACUCACCUACGGCGGCUGGCUCAACGACCAGAUCACGAACGACUUCAGCGAAUACGCCCGCGUCGCGUUCACACGAUGGUCCAGCAAGGUCCAAUACUGGGUGACAAUCAAUGAGCCCGGCGUCUUCUGCAACAGAUACCCGCUGCCAGAAGGGUACUUCAACGACAGCGCAACCGCCGACAUCCCACCCGCCCAGCAGUUCUACGCAUGUGCUCGCAACGCCCUGCUAGCCCAUUCAUCGGCCUACCGCAUCGGCAAGAGCAUCAAUUCGUCCCUCAGAAUCUCGUUCAAGAACAACGGCGCGUACAAGAUCCCAUUAGACAACACCGCGGACACCGCGGCGGCCGUCCAGAGGGCGUGGGACUUCAACGACGGCCUCUGGGCGACUCCGGUCUUCCUCACCGGCGACUUCCCGGAGAGCGUGAAGGAAUACGCGUCGGAGUUUUUGCCGGCGUUCACGGAGGGGCAGAAGGCCCAGAUCAACGGGACCAGCGACAUCUUCAUGAUCGACGCAUAUGGCGGGGGAGGGUUCGUCACGGUCCCCGGGGACGGUGGCUUGCAGGCCUGCGUCGGCAACGCGUCACACCCGGAAUAUCCUCGCUGCUAUGCUGGCGCUUCGGCUUACCCUGGAGCCGACUACUGGCCGACUGGUCCUGCUGUUGACCCUUGCGCCAGUUGGUUGACCUACAGUACGGAUUGGGUCCCAACCAUGUUGAAGACAUAUCAGGAGAUGUUCAAACCAGCUGGCGGCAUAGUGGUAUCAGAAUUCGGGAUGCCGGAACCGUACGAGAGCUUGCGGCCGGAUCUCCAGUCUAUCGUCAUUGACCCUCUUCGCUCGAGGUACUACAGAGAGUACUUGCAGUCGAUUCUAAUGGCCAUGUCUGAGGGCGUGAAUGUGGUGGGAACACUGGCUUGGAGUGUCUUUGAUAAUUUUGAAUGGGAUCACGGGUACUCUUGUCGCUUUGGUGUGCAGUAUGUCAAUUACACGACACAGGAAAGGUACUUCAAAGCAAGUGCCUUUGAAUAUGUGAACAUGUUCAAGCUCUAUCAGGAAUGA